AUGGAUCUGAAUCAUGUCAUCCACACACAGAGAGAGCCCUGGAGAAGCCUUUCAGAAGAGGAGACUGAGAAGGUCCCAAGAAAGACACAGAAGAGCUCCUUCUCUCCCCUCGAAAGGCCAUUACAGGUCAGAGCUUGAUACUGGCCUCCACACACAGAUCAGCCCAACUUCAGCUGUACAUCCAAGAUGAGUCUGGGUGGAUUUAGCACCGUACCUUCAGUCUGUGCACCAAAGCACCCUGAAAAUAUAAAACUCUCAGAGAUGCUGCACCUAAGUUGGACAUGCUGGGCUAGCUGCAGACUGGAUGGCACAUUGGCAUUAAUGCUUUGGUAUUUAGCAGGUGCUUAGGCGCUUGGCUUUCCUUGGCUAUCCUCGUUCUGCUUGUCAUCAGCACCACCCACUCGCUGUCCCAGUAGACUAGCCCAUCUGUGCUCUUCUUCCAGACUGAAAAUGCUUCCAGACUGAGCACCUGGGCGGGAUGAGGCAGGGCGCAAUAACUGCAAGCAGCAGGUAUCUUCUUUCCAUGUCCUGAAGCCUCCAGGCCAUAUGAGGGCUUUAAUAAUGCAGAUUCGAAUGCAACAAAGAGCAGCCAGCUUUUCCCACCAAAGCAAGAACACUUUCUCUCCCCUGGGCUUUCUGCCUCAAUGUUAGCAGACAAAGGAUUAGGGAGCAGACCUUCUACUGAUGGAAAAGGGCCACCACCAAAUUCAACAUUCUGGGGGUUUCCAAACCACAGACUGGCUAUACUAAUUCAGCUCAGCUCCAACAUAGUCUCAAAAGAAGAAAUUGUUGCCUGGCCUUAGCGCCAAGGGAGAAAGGGAGGGCAGGUGUUGUGUGCCUGUGUGAGGCUGCGGCUAUGAAUAUGUUAGGGCAGCCAAUAAAGCUCUAAUACUCUCCAGGUUUAAGGUCUCAGUUAUUGGAAUUGAUUUUCUAACAUCUUGUUAAAGUGUUUGUGCAAGCUGCCUAGCCAGCUGCUCCUUCCUGUAGCCUUGUGCUGCUGGACACAGUAUCUCUAUAAUGGGCUCCUUUUGACCUUGUGGUAGGUAGUUAUGGACUUCACUGUGCCUCGUGAUGUGCUCAGGUAAACCCAGGCACAGGAACAAUGUCACUGCCCAUAAUACCAGCCUCGGCUGCCAAGGAAACAAGAGUCACAACAGGAGAGAGGGGAGGGGAGGUCAGUGACCAACAUGCUUAGGUGGGCUUCAGGGCUGCCUUUAGCAUUCAUCAACAGGGCAAAGGCAUCAACUCCUCCAAAGGGAGACUCUUGCUUUACAAUAUCUUUCUUGCUUCAGAAUAUGCUUGUUAGUCCCGUUCAUUCUGAAUAUGGGAAAUUCAGCAAAACCAACUUUUCCAAAAUACAGACAGGGCUGGGAAAGAAGGAUACCAAUAGUAUGGGAGAGAGAAUGAAUUCCUUUACAUCCUCCUCAGUAUUGCUACUGCUACUGGAAGCUCCAGGGUCAGCCUUUUUCAGGAUCAUUUCCCUUGUGAGGAGAUAGCACCAGAGACAUAUGCUUAUUUAUAAAGGUACAAGUUGAGCCUGGGGGAAGGAGGCAAGCACAGAGCGCUGAUCUUUAAUUCAGCAACAACUUCCUCAAAAGCAAACAGCAUUUCUUGGGAGAUCCAGGCCCGGCCUCUUCUGCCUUGCUGCUACAGUCCAUCUACUGAGUUGUCUUCAUUUUUAUUUUACUCUUACCCAAGCUGCCCCACCAAUCACCACAAGCUAAAUCAUUUUAGCUAUUAGCUAAACAAAAACCUACAUCACCUUAACCCUGGUGGUACCUUCCUGAUCUGUGGUAUACAGUGGUACCUUGGGUUAAGUACUUAAUUCGUUCCGAAGGUCCGUUCUUAACCUGAAACUGUUCUUAACCUGAAGCACCACUUUAGCUAAUGGGGCCUCCUGCUGCCGCCGCGCCGCCAGAGCAUGAUUUCUGUUCUCAUCCUGAAGCAAAGUUCUUAACCUGAAGCACCAUUUCUGGGUUAGCGGAGUCUGUAACCUGAAGCGUAUGUAACCUGAAGCGUAUGUAACCCAAGGUACCACUGUACAUAGGAAUCAUAGAAUCAUAGAGUUAAAGGAACCCCAGGGGUUAUCUGGUCCAACCCCCUGCAAUGUAAUAAUCUCAACUAAAGCAUCCUUGACAGAUGGCCAUCCAAUCUCUGCUUAAAAACCACGAAGGAAGGUGAGUACUCCACCUUCCAAGGAAGUCCAUGCCGCUCUUGAACAGCUCUUACUGUCAGAAAGUUCUUCCUGAUGUUUACUUGGAAUUUGAAGCCAUUGGUUCGAGUCCUACCCUCCAGAGCGGGAGAAAACAAUCCUGCUCCAUCUUCCAUGGGACAGCUCUUGAGAUAUUUGAAGAUGGCUAUCCUAUUUCCUCUCAGUCUCCUCUUUUCCAGACUAAACACACCCCAGUUCCUUCAACCGUUCCUUGUAAGGCUUGGUUUCCAGACCCUUGAUCAUUUUGGUUGCCAGAUUUCCAUACCACCCAACAAUCUCACUUUGAGUGGGACAUCAUGGAAUCACUUGCCUCUGCUGCCACUACUGUACUCUGGGAAGUGUUAUUUUUAUUUCGAAUCCUUCUUGUCAUUUUGUCCAAUUCUGCAUAGUCCAUUAAUUUCGUCUGCCAUUCUUCUUUCAUCAGAAUUUCUUCUUGUUUCUAUUUCUGAGCUAAUAAUACUCUUGCCGCAGUUGUUGCAUAUAAAAACAAUUUAACAUCUUGCUUAUUAAUGUCCUGACCUAUAAUACCAAGUAAAAAUGCUUCUGGUUUUUUUAAGAAUGUAUAUUUCAACAUCUUUUUCAUCUCAUUAUAUAUCAUUUCCCAGAAGUUCUUUACUUUUUUACAUUCCCACCACAUAUGAUAAAAUGUUCCUUCUUUUUCUUUACAUUUCCAACAUUUAUUAUUUGUCUUAUACAUUUUAGCUAAUUUCACUGGUGUAAUAUACCAUCUAUACAUCAUUUUCGUCAUAUUCUCUUUCAAAGCAUUACAGGCUGUAAAUUUUAUCCUUUCCUUCCACAACCUUUCCCAUUCUUCAAGCUGUAUAUUAUAUCCAAAGUCUUUUGCCCAAUGUAUCAUUACCGAUUUCACAUCCUCGUCUUUCAAAUGCCAUUCCAACAAUAUUUUAUACAUUUUAGACAUUAUUUUACAUUCAUUGUUUAAUAUUUCUAUUUCAAAUUUUGAUUUUUUUUAUCAUCAAAUCCUUUUUCCUUUAAAUCCUCUUUAUAUAUUUCAUUGACUUGACGAUAGUGCAACCAAUCAUUUACAUAUUCUUUAACCUCUUCAUAUGGUGGUGUUAGCAAACUUUCUCAGCAGGGGGCCGGUCCACUGUCCCUCAGACUUUGUGGGGGGCUGGACUAUAUAUUUUUUUUUGGGGGGUGAACAAAUUCCUAUGCCCCACAAAUAACCCAGAGCUGCAUUUUAAAUAAAAGGACACAUUCUACUCAUGUAAAAACAUGCUGAUUCCUGGACUGUCCGUGGGCCAGAUUUAGAAGGCAAUUGGGCCGGAUCUGGCCCACGGGCCUUAGUUUGCCUACCUAUGCAUCUUCUCCUAGGCCUUUGACUGAUUAAACAAUCUGUGGCCCUUUAAAUGUGUCAGGGAAUGUUUUUGUUGCUGCUGUUGUUAUGUCAUGUAUUUUAUGAAUUUAUAUUGUAAGCCACCCUGUGGACAGGUGGUUGGGUGGUUGGUUGGUUGGUUGGUUGGUUGGUAAAUACAUACAUACAUACAUACAUACAUACAUACAUACAUAUGUGGAAAUCGGUAUUCAUUUCUUCACAGGCUCUGCUUUGGAUUGCACCGACAACACUGGUGCGGAUGCCGUUGUUAGGAAGAGGGGACUAGCUAAGUCCCUGGCCACGAAGCCAGAGGUAGCUCCCACUGGCAGGUGAUGGGACUCUAGAAAGUGAGCCAUUUUGCUUCUCCUCAGCUGGCUGGCACAGGCCACGGGCAGCAGCUCAGUGUUUAAUUACUGGUACUGACUGUGAGUGAUUUGAGAUGGAAAAUGUCAGGUGCCGCAGACCGUUUCCCUUCUUCUUGGCCAUAUAAACAAGCUUUGUGGGAGGCAGUCCAGAGUGAGGACAGCACAUGAAUGGUGAUAGCGCAGAGUGCCAGCAACAAGUUUGAUGCGCAGAUGCCCCUGGGCUUGCAAAGAUCAUAUCAUGUGUCGUGAAGAUAUGGG